UCUCUCCUCUGGGAGGGACUGUAGGGCCUUGGCUGACUUUCCUUUGACAACUGCGACGAGGAGGAAGAAAAAGAGAAGGAAGGAAACAAUUUAGGCUCGAGUGCCCGAGAGGCAACCUGGAGAGACGACACCGCGGGAAGACCGGUGCUUGGCAAGGGCGAAACCGGGGCGGGAUCAGGAUGAGCCAGGUGCCAGGGAAGUUGAAGGAGCAGGAGGACGACGAAGGAGCGGAGGAAGAGGAGGAGGAAGAAGAGGAGGAAGAGGAGGAAGAAGAGGACGAGAUUGUUGGGCUAGCAGAUUACGGGGAUGGGAGUGAGUCUUUCUCGGAUGGCGACCACGAGAAAAGCGGGGACGGGGCGUUUCUAGAUUUCAGUGAUCCUUUUAGUACUGAAGUUAAGCCAAGAAUCCUGCUCAUGGGACUGAGAAGAAGUGGGAAGUCUUCCAUUCAGAAAGUUGUUUUUCAUAAAAUGUCACCAAAUGAAACUCUUUUCUUGGAGAGCACUAACAAGAUCUGUCGAGAAGAUGUUUCCAACAGCUCCUUUGUUAACUUUCAGAUAUGGGACUUUCCCGGACAGAUUGAUUUUUUUGAUCCUACUUUUGACUAUGAAAUGAUUUUCCGUGGCACUGGAGCACUGAUAUUUGUGAUUGAUUCUCAGGAUGACUAUAUGGAAGCAUUAGCUAGAUUGCAUCUUACUGUGACAAGAGCAUAUAAAGUAAAUCCAGAUAUAAACUUUGAAAUAUUUAUUCACAAAGUUGAUGGAUUAUCUGAUGAUCACAAAAUUGAAACACAAAGAGACAUUCAUCAGCGGGCAAAUGAUGAUCUUGCAGAUGCUGGAUUAGAAAAAAUCCACUUGAGCUUUUAUUUGACAAGUAUAUAUGACCAUUCUAUAUUUGAAGCAUUCAGCAAAGUGGUUCAGAAAUUAAUUCCACAGCUUCCAACUUUGGAAAACUUGCUUAACAUUUUUAUCUCGAAUUCUGGAAUUGAGAAAGCAUUUCUCUUUGAUGUAGUAAGUAAAAUUUAUAUUGCAACUGAUAGUACCCCAGUGGACAUGCAAACUUAUGAGCUCAGCUGUGAUAUGAUAGAUGUUGUCAUUGACAUUUCCUGCAUCUAUGGGCUCAAACAAGAUGGUGCUGGAACACCUUAUGAUAAAGAAUCAACAGCAAUAAUAAAAUUGAACAAUACAACAGUCCUUUACCUAAAGGAAGUGACAAAGUUCCUUGCACUAGUCUGCUUUGUCAGAGAAGAAAGCUUUGAGAGAAAAGGACUAAUAGACUACAACUUCCACUGCUUCCGCAAAGCCAUACAUGAAGUGUUUGAAGUGAGAAUGAAAGUAGUCAAAGCACAAAAGCAUCAGAACCAAGUACAGAAGAACAAGAGGGCCACGCUUAAUGGUACACCUAGAAUGCCACUGUAAUUGAACUGCUUACCACACUGGUAACAUCUAAGGCUUAUUAUUUGGUGUAGUGCCACCAAAUUUGAGAACCAGCACAUGAAUGGGACUGGUAUAUUCUUCACUUGGAAUUUUCCACACUAGCCACUCUUCAAAACACUGUACAUAUUAAAAACAGAACUGUUUUGCACUUUUGCCAGGUUUCAUGGUGAAAAUGAACUUUUGAUAAACAAAAUAUUACUUUUUAUGUAUGGUCUUGAGUAGAAUAUAUAUCAUAGUACAUCUACAUGCUGCAGACAAAUAAACAAUCAAGAAAACAUGGUAAGAUUACUUUUUUUACAAGUCUGUGAAUAUUUUCCAUCUUGUAAACUGGAAUUUAAAAGUAUAGUACAAUAGCAAUAAAAAUAUUUAUUAGUUGUCCUUACUGGUACACUAAAAGUUUUGUUUUAAAAAAGUAUUUGAAAUUGAAUAUCUCCCCAGUCAUUCCAUACAUUCUGAAAAAUCAUCUUACUCUUUAUAUUACCUCUACAUAAAAGUACCUUUCUAUAAAGAGACUUAUUUUGA